CCUAUUUUAGAGCAGGUUCGUUGUAGCCUGUGAUGCGUCACGUCCGGAUCCUCCCCGUUCUGUUUAUUGACGAUGGUUUCACGUAAGUGCUGUUAGCAUGUAGCAGCUCGCUGACCCUUCCAAUUACUGUUUAUGUGGCAUUAAUGAUUCGUUUGUUGCACCCUAGCUUGUCUUUUCAUCUGUGCGUGUCUCCUUCGGUUGUUUCAAGUAUUGGAUUUGAUGACUGCCCUCCUUUCCGGAAGUUUCUAUCAGCAUCACUAUAUAAGCAGCACCACUUACCUGAGUGUUUUACAUCAAGCAAGAAGAGACUCCUAAUUAGAUAUAAGUGGAAUUUUGGUGAGAAACACUGUCUGAAACUCGAUGCACACUUAAUCUCAAUACACAGCGAAAAUGAAUAUCAGCUGGUUAAGGCUCUUAUCCGUGCUCAUGACGCCCAGGAGAAGCCAACAUGGAUCGGCCUCACUGGCUGUCAGAAGAGGAAUAACUUCUUUUGGUCUGAUGGCACCAAAGUGACUUUCACCAAGUGGAAUCCAACUGAACCAAAUUUUCUACCUGGAGAGGGCUGUGUGCAUACGAACUGGUCUAGCAGUAAGAACUGGAAUGACAUUCCAUGCGAUCAGACCUAUUCCUUUGUGUGCGCCAAGAGUAUUAACUGAAAUGCUCCCAGCCUCACCUCACCAACUAUAAUACAAUGUUGGAAAAUUUUUCCUUGUCACUGAUGAAUUUACAAAAAACUGUGGCAACUUAUCAUAAUUACAGCAAUAAGAAAAAAUCUAAAAAAUAAAUAAAUAAAUAAAAAUUUUUUCAUUUCAAUUUCA